AUGACUUCACCAGUAGAAAGUGCGGAAACUUCAUCACAACCCGAAGAAUGCAAGAUCCUUCAGCUUUACGAUCCGCCGACAGACACUCCUGGGACGGAAGGCGUUCUCUCCUCCUGCAUAAUCUCGCAGUCGCCACCAACAGAGAUUGUGAACACCACUACCACCACCUCCACAAUCACGGAUUCCAACGGUCGAGUGAAGAAGCUCAAAACUACGACCACCACGACCCUACGAACCACUACCACUGUUCGAAGGGUCUGUGUAGUCGCUCCAGGCAACAUCACCACGACUACAGGCGUCCCUGAAGGGAGUAUUGUACUUCCUGAAGGCGCAACGGUGCUUGCUGAAACUCCAGCCCUUCCAAUAGUGGCGGGAGAGGGCGUUCAGCAACCCACCGCAGGCUCAGGGAUCGUUCGCUUGACUCAUGUCUCCGGGAAUGAGGGAAAUCCCACCCAACCGCGAAAUAUAACCCAAGUCACCUUUAUGAAACCUCAAACGCAGACAUCAGAAGUUGUUGAGGUUCAUACCGGCGGCAAAUCAGGUGAUGAGGAAUUAGCGGAAGGGGCUUCUCAAGCGAAAACCACCACCAAAACAGUUCGAAAGCGUGUUACAACCUCAGUCUCUGCAGUAUUCGCCUCUCGACACACGAAGGUCGACAGUAAGAGCCUAUCUAACGACGACUCCGCCGCGAUGACCGCCCUGCGAGAGUGUGAACGUCAAUUUGCGACUCGACUUAAUAUCACCAAAACCCCUCCCUCCGACGGCUCCACAACAGUCGUCGACCAUUACACCUCGGAGAAUGGUCAGACCACAAAAACGACAACUACAACGUUGAGAGGCACCGGAUUUCCCUCCCUAUUUGACGGAUUGCCUCUUUACCAGGGCUACGGCAUGAUCGGUCAGCACGCUAAGGCCAAUGACCCCUCGGAAUCACCAGUCUCUAUCUUUUUCAAUGGAUCUCUUGAUAAGAUUGAUGUGGCCUCCCUUACAAAGAUGUUUGAAGAGGCAACAAAAACCACCCUCCUUUCAAAUGACCUCAACAAUUUUUUUGGUGAUCUCACAAUGUCCCAGAGACCUGCGAUUGAGAUCCCCGGUGUGGUAAUUGAGGAGGCCUCCGAGAAGGAUCAGAAGGAAUCCAAAGUCUUGGAAGGCGGAACAAGUGGGGAAACCAGUCGCAAGGCCUCAGUUCCAUCAAUCAGCGAGGGCGCUGGCGCGUUGGACGCCGCCGCGGCAGCAGUGGGAGAGACCGAGACGGAGACAGUUGGCUACAAACACCAAAUUCUCAACCAACUAGCCACGAAAACAGGACCCUGUCGGAUUGCCUGGUCCGAGAUGCCCGAGGUACUGUCUGGAAAUCUCGUCGCGUCGCUAACACGGCAUGAAAUCCAACUUCAGGAGGCCAUGUUUGAAGUGAUAACAUCGGAGGCCUCCUACUACCGAAGCCUUCAAGUCCUGAUAGAACACUUCUAUAGUGCACCCGAAUUCGACUGUUCUCGAUCAGCGCCGACCAGUAUGGAGGUUCCUAGCAGUGGUGCAGAAAACGAUAAUGAUAAUACUCCCGCUCAGGGUAAUGAGGGAAGAACAUCUUGUCCAUCCUCCGGCUUGGGUGGAUACAGCAGAGCAGGGUCGGUUUCGACGUCCAUGGAGGCUACAGCCGUUCCCGUCAUGAAGUCGGUUCUCAGUCCGACGGAGAAACAUCACCUUUUCUCAAAUGUUCUGCUCAUUUGUAUGGCUAGCGAGAGUCGUCGUGAAGACUUUCAGAAGGCCAUUGCCAGAAUGCACGCUCAUCCAGAGGUUGGAAAGAAUCGACUGGACUCCUUCUUAGCUCUCCCGAUGCAAAGGUUAACGCGGCUAAAGUUGCUCGUGGAGGUGAUUCAAAAACUGCAAAUGGCAGUGAUCAGUGACUCCGAGGAGGACGUAGUGACUGGUUCAACGGAGACAAUGACGCCAGGCGAAUGUGAGGGCUCUCGCAGAAUGAAAAUUACGCCACAGCAGUUGGAGAAUUCUAGUAUUGCUUUGAGAGAACUCAAACGGCUUCUGUCGGAAAGCGAGUCGGAAAAGCAACUCAUGGACGAAAAGGCACGACUGCUGGCGCUCUCCUCGGCCCUGGAGUUUCCGGAAAAUGUCAAGAGAAUCGCUAUCAGUGACAAGCGUCUAGUAAAAGAGGGCGAGCUGAAAUCGGCCAGUUCGGACGGGAAAGCAGCAGUUUUGCUCAAGAAGUUGGGACGAAAGAAACCCGAGACAUUUUAUCUCAUUCUCUUUCACGAUCUCCUCAUGUCGGUGCCGCCAUCGAAUCUGCGUGCAGCUGAGAAGACACUGAGCCCUGGUGGGAAUUCAACUGGGUGUAGCGUUUCGUCCUCCAUGGGAACCGUGUUGGCCAUCACGAACGACCGCUACUUGGUACAAGACUAUUGUCCGCGUGACAAGGUGUACGUAACUAUAGGCAACCCCAGUGAAGCGACCCUAAAUCCCAUUAUGGGUUCAGUUCCUCGUUCCCAAGCGCUGACUAUCAACAAUUGUGGCGGUUUCAGUGGAAUUACGAAACGACAGAAACGACCCAGCGCAAAUAUCCUCGGUUUCAAGGGUGGUCCACGUCAUUACACCACAACACCGGAGGUGCCUGAAGCCCUCUUCAGUACCGGCACCGAGGUACCGGCACACCCUUCUCCUCCAGCAGGUUACUCCUUGAGUUCCGCCUCAUCAGAUUCGAGCAACAUAGAGGUUUGCGGUGCUGGGUCACCUGCAUCACCUCCUCUCUCCCCUUCCCGUCUCUCCUCGGUGCGUUUGAGACGCUCUGGAAGCAGCCUCAGCUCGAAAUCGGUCCCAACUAGAGCCUCCUAUACACCACCAUCAUCCACAAUUAACCGGGAUCUUCCACUUCUCCUCUACGUCUGCUUGACUGAGAGUCAAAGUGGAUGCUGCACGGAGUUCUGUUUCACUACUAAUAACAGCUUGGGUUUGAACACACUGAUGUAUGCAAACAGCACACUCUUCAACAGGGUCUCAAGGGAAAACUAA